ACAUAAAACAUUUUAUACUCUCCGAAUUAAAUUAGUAUAUUCACAAAGUAUGUUUUCAGACAUGUGGUUUUCAAGAAGAAAUAAAACGCAUAUGGUUUAAUAUUUUAGCGAAGAAUUUAAUUUAUUUUAAUGUUUUUUAAGUGAUCGCCGCGGCUGGCACGAAUAAAUUUCAACCGGGAUACCCAAUUUUCGACCAAGACAUUUAUUUUAGACAUAGCGACUUAUGUAUUUAUUUUAUUUCAUAUAAAAUAUUUAUGCUUUUAUAAAGAAAUACAGUUUAUAUUAGCAAAACUAAUUGACAUAAAUACAUAUUUCCUUACAUUUUUAUGCAUGCUUGAUUUGUUAUAUGCACAAAUGAUCAAGCAUUCCUAUAAAAUAACUACAUCCAUUUAAGUAUAAGUAUGUAUAUAAGAGAACCACAUAAACACGUUUUCAUUUUAUCAACAAUGUAGUUUUAAUGAAUAUUUCAAUGACCUUUAUACAUAAAAUUCCACAUGCUUCUUGGUUAAUUUAUGCUCUUAUGCCCUGUGAUUUCUUAUAUUUUUGGCCUUUUACCAUUGAAGGAUGUAAAAACAUUAAAAUGUUUAAUUUUAUUUUCUAUUCUGGUAUGCAUACAUGGCUAACGGAAUGCUUGUGACGCACCGACUCUCCCGCAUUUAUAAUUUUCUCCGAAAUUUUUGCUUCAGGUUACUUAAUGGAACCAGUAUUAUCGUAUAUUUACAAAGAAAUAAUUUCGAUUAUACCAUGACGCAUGUACAGACAUUUUAUGCGUUAACACAAAUACUCACCUUCGAAACUACAUAUAUUUACUAAAUAAAUAUUAUGAAUAUUCUAGAAAUUGAAUUACCUUACCAAGUUUUUAAAAAAAUUGUUUCACUAACAGAAUUGCUGUUUACUUUGAACCGCUUCGAGUAUUUGGUAUGAUACUCCACGAUACGAUAUACAGACUUCAUAUAUUUGGGGUACUCACAACGUGUCAUAAAGUUAUAAGUCAUAAACAAAAGUUAAGACAAAAUACAAUGGUUGUGAACACGGCGUUAUAAAUAUGUUGUCGUAAAUCACUUAUCAAUCAGCUGAUUGAAAAAACAUAAAUUACAAUAUUUGCAAAAAUAAGAUUUCGCAGUCAAAAUGCCAAGGAGACGUGAAAAUUUUAAAAUAAUGGAUGCGCUGUGCAAGAAUCAGGCAUUAAACCUGAUAAUACUUGACUCAAGUGAAUUUUACCAUUAUAAGCAAGUCUCACUUUGAUAUUUAUUUACGUAAAAAUUAAUUUCCAGGCGACGACGAAGAUGCGGACGAAUUUUUUGAAAAUUUUUCAUUGAGUUUACUUUGUUUAUUAAACACUCGUAUAAGUGUUCAUCUCGGAGUACCAAAGUCAUCCCAAUGGCGACAUAAUGUGCUUAGGCACUUUGAUGACAGCCGUUUCAACGAAAUGAUUCGUGUUGGCCCGGACGAAUUUUGCCGCAUACUAUAUUAUAUAAAGGACGAUAGUGUACUUAACACAAAUUCUAUUGGAACGCACUUUCCUUUAGAUUUACAAUUAAAAAUAGUGCUAUUUAGGUUGGGAUCUUCCGGAGAUGGAUUAUCCAUACGAAAGGUUGCUUCAUUGUUUGGCGUGGGUGAUGGGGGCACUAUUCAAAUUAUAGCUAAGCGCGUAUUUAAAGCAAUAUUGAAAUUAAAAGAGAAGUUUCUGUUUUGGCCAAAUGAAAAUGAACGGUUGGAAAUUGUUACUGCAACGCGGAAAGAGAUGCCAGGUUGUAUAGGAUAUAUUGAUGGAUCCGAAUUAAAGUUGGCUGAAGCGCCAGCUAAAAAACAUGAACUUUUUUAUUCACGAAAACGCCAGUAUGCUAUUAAAAUACAAGCUGUUUGUGAUUAUAGGCUACGCAUAAGACAAGUCACAAUAGGAUACCCUGGAAGUGUUCAUGAUGCCAAAAUCUUCUUGAAUAGCCCUCUUGCAAAACAUCCUCAGCGAUUUUUAUCUGACUCUCAGUGGAUUGCUGGAGAUAGCGCCUAUCCACUCAAGGAAUUUUUAUUUACACCGUUCAGGCAAAAUAGUACGGACUACACUACGGAAGAAAGAGAAAGUUUCAAUAAGUACUUUUCAAAAUAUCGUGUGCGAAUUGAGAAUUGUUUUGGCAUUUUAAAAGAAAAAUUCGGUAGCUUGAAGGAAUUGAAGUUUAGAAUGAUAAAUGAGCAAAUUAAAAAAGAAUGCAAUGAGUGGAUCAUGGUAUGCUGCAUUCUUCAUAACAUGCUAAUCAAUUUCCAAACUGAAAACGAAGAAAGCGUUCAAAUUAACAUCAUUACAUUCCAAUUCUUUUAGUUUCAUCUCAAUUUCUUUGUCUUUUAGUAAUAAUUCUUGCUUUUCCUUUAACUCUACUUCUUUUUCUUUAAUCCUCAAAUCUCUUUCUCUUAAUUCCAACUCUUUCUUCUUAAAACUCAUUUCUUGCUCCAUUUUCUGCUUUUUCAGCUGUAUCAUUUCAGACUGAAAUUGCAGAAUAUCUGAUGCCGCAGUUCUGGAAUAUAUUCCUUUACGAAUUGUCUUAUCUAUGCCUUCGCCUUCGCAUACAGCCGCAGAAGAAGCUGACUCGUUGAGGUCUACUUCCGAAUAGUUUUCGUUGUUUUCCAAACUUUCGUUUAUUACUGCUGACUCAACCACUCUACUGCCGAAAAUUUCUUCCAUUUUAUAAAAAAACGUACACAAUUUAAGUAAAGUGGCUGAAAUAAAAAUGUCCAGUUAUUCUAAGUACCACUAGAAGAAUGAAUAACAUUUAAAUUUUCAAGUUCUGAUGCGAUUUACUAGUCGUUCCGCUUCAUUUUAUGGUUUGAACCAUUUACACAAAUUCGCAAUUGUCGUCAAUACUAUUUGCUUCACUUCUAUACGCACGCAGAAACCGUGAAAAUUUUGAUUUAUUUACAAAACAAAAUCUUACCCUUCAUAGUUUCGCCUUCCACACUCCCUGCACCCGUCGAACCUUCCCAUGCUUUUGCUUUGUUAUAUGUUGCACGCAUAUAACGAACCUUCGAGCGUGUCAGCUUCCAGUCCGCAAUGUUGCUCUUCUUUGAAAAUCGUCUAUAACACAUUUGAGACGUUGGCUUCUAUAAUUAAAAUUAUAAUAGAUUACUUCUAAGCUGUAUUUUAAUUAAUAGAUUUGCCUCAAAAUCCCUGUUUUGUGUCAAAAAUUCAAUGAACGCCUUUUCUUCUUCAAACAGCCACUUUCUGGUUGUUUUGGAACGCACCCGCUUUGGUUUUGUCUAAAAGCGCAUUUAAUUAGUUAAAUUGUAUUUAUUGCAUUUUGAUAUUACCUGUAUAACAUUAUAUUGCUCCAUUAUUCCGAAAACCCUCGACAAAAGAAAUUUGAAGAAAUUUAAAUUCAAACACAAAUGUAACCACAACACAAAAGCAAACUUAUGUAAACCGAAAUCAGCUGAUCAGUUUUGACGAACCGAAUACAUAGCGUUCAAAGUCGUAUUUGCGUAAACUUAUUUUAGUAUGCAAUCCAACAACAAAUUUUUUACACUAGCAUAAAAACUUAUGACUUUAUGAUUUUACGAUGCCUUAAGACCCGUUGUGAGUACCCCAAUUAUAUAAUACUAGUCUCAUAAAGUUAAAACGAUCUGAAAACAUUGCGUUCAGAGUUGUAUUUGCGUAAACGUAUUUCAGUAUGCAAUCCAACAACAAAUUUUUUAAACUAGUAUAAAAAUUUACGAUUUUAUGAUUUUACGAUACUUUAUGACUCGUUGUUAAUACCCCAAAUAUAUCAGUGGUGUUAUAUGGUGUUUGAUUUGGCUUAACUAACCACUAAACACUCCAAGUUCUCAUGCCACCAUAUUAUUAAAAUAUACACAUACAAUAUACAUAUAUAUAUACUCGUAUAUCGUGAUUGGUCUUUUUUCUCUAAAUACUGCUAUUUGAUUAUUUACGUAUUCAUUAUGGCUAAAAUAAACCUCAUCAUCAAGAGACCUACAGGAUGCCUAAUUCAUUUUUAACAAACGCUUUCUCGGCACAAAUAAACAAUUGGAGGUUUACCAUUGCCUGCUGGGGCGCUAUUGUCAUUUAAUACGUAUUCGGGGUGUUGAUAAAAACAGGAAUCGAUCGCUCGUCCUGCGCACUUUGUGUUUAAAAUAAAUUAAAUACUUAAUUCAGGAAAUCGCAUUGUUCAAUAUGUUUACACCAUAAUUUGUAAUUUUACAUGUAUGUCACACACAAAAGGAAGCGGAAGUAUACAUUUUUGUAUAACUACAAAUAGUUUGCGCGACGACCUGAGUCGGUUUUGCCAAGCCCUUCUCUCUAUCUAUAUAUAUGAGAGCUACUGAGAUAUCGAUCUGAAGCUUUGCACAUGUUCUUUCCUCUCCAAGAAGCUACUUAUUGGUCGGAACUGCCGAUAUCGGUCCACUAUAGCAUUCAGAUGUCAUACAAACAGAACGACUAAAACCAAGUUCUUGUAUAUAAAGUUCUUUUAUAUCACAAGAUAUCUUCACCAAUUUCGGCAUAGACUGUUAUCCAAGACAAGGCCACAAACUCCGAACCUCACACUAGAGGACAUUGCUGCUAUUUGAAAGAAAAAACAUGAUUAAGAUCUUCAUGGAAUAAUCUCAUUAAGUGACCUUAUUCAAAAUUGUUUAUUUCAAACAAAGUUGCUAUAAAAACUAACAAAAUGUUUUCCGUAGGAUCAAACCGUUAGCCGGUUACGUUUUCAAAUUUAGCCAUACAAAGUAGAGUUGCUAUAAGAAAUACUCGUGUUCAGGGUAUUACAGCAUCGGUGUACUUGGACGCUUAUUUCUUGUUUUUUUAUACUCUUUCAACAUGUUGGUUUUGUUCACUUAACGGUUGUAUGUAUCAUCUGAAACUAAUCGUGAUAAAUAUACUAGGAUAAGAGACGAGUAGAAAUCCAAGUGACUGUCUGUCCAUCCGUAAGUGCAAGCUGUAACUUGACUUUGGCAAAAGAAAGGAUCGAGUGCGUAGAUUGUUGAAAUCGGACCGCUGGCACGCCAACAAAACGCUAUUAAACAAAAACAGGACCAUAACUAUGCACUAAAUUCUUAUAUAAAACUUUGACUUAGCACAGUGGUAAGGGGCACAUAAGGGAUUUUUUUUUAACCUCCUGAACCACUAAAGCUACAAUAACCAAAUUCGUCUAUCGCAAAUAUUAUAAAAACACCAACCGACGGCGUGUACUACUGAAAGCGCGAUAAAUCAAUAACUAAAUACGACAGAUACAUAAAUUUUUACCCCCGAGAUGAUAAGAGAAAGCUUUGUAGAGGGAAGAAGAAACAAAUUUUAUUGCUGCAAAAUUAAACAAAAAACUUAACUUAAAUAACGGCGAAACCGUCAAGAAAAUAUAAAACGAUUACAUGAAAAAGACGCCCGUGGUAGCAAAUCAAAUGAUGUUAAGCGAAACCAAAUAAUAAAUCAGGAAAAAACAGUACGAAUCAUGGCAGGAUACAUAUAAUUUUGUUAUGAUAUACCUCAUCACAAAAAAAAAUAAGUUCAGUAAUAUCAAUUUAAAACGUAAAGCAAAAUAAAAGUUCACAUAAAUAUAUGAAAGAAUAUCACAUAUAUAAGUGAGACCAAAUAGAAAAUACGUGAAAUUUUGAACACCAGCUCUCGCAGUAAUUUGGUAGCAACAACAAAAGCGGGUAGUCCAUCGUCUACUGCACUUUCAUUAGAGCUUGCGCGGAUGAUGUUAAAACGCCGCGAAAAAGGUCUUAAAAUGAAAUCAAUUGCAGCGCAGUCGACUGCCAGCUAUGGUUUGGCCCAACAACCAACUUUUCUGCAUGCAGCAAUUUUAAACACCUCCAAGAAUGCUUACAAUUUAUUCGCGGCCAAAAUGUUGCAGUUGUCCAAUGCGGCAAUUUAUUCCAAAUACAACCGUCGCAGACAGACACCUAUCCAACAAAACGUAUGUGGUGAUGAUGGUGACGUUGGUACGAAUAGAUGUUUUUGCGAUUACAAAACUCCAUGUAAUCGACAAAAACUACGACAAAAUAUUCUAAACAGUAAAUGUAUGCAACAUCGAAGGUUAAAGCAAAUUAGAUUGUCUGAGCAAACCACCAGCUUACAAUACCGACCAAAUAUCGAUGUCGUUGCGGCAACAUUUGAGACUGCGCUAGAGGUCGAGUUAGUCGCAGCACCAGAAAUCGCAGUAAAUGGUAGCGUUGCUCAAAACCCGACUGCAACUAUGCGGUCAGACACUAGUGCUUACAUAUGUGCUGAUGCGGAUAAAAGAACAACCGCAAAAAAAGAGUUUGCCUCCACACUUCUGUCGAAGGAAACACUUUUUUACACUAAUGUUAAUGCAACUUGCAGCCGUGCUAUAAUACCGUCAACUCUAAAGAUUGGUAAGCCGAGUACAAUAACAACAACACUCAAAACCAGCUUUUUAAGUUUGGUUCGAAAUGCAUUUUUAAUGAUCGCUUUAAUAUUAACGGUAUUGACUCUGCAACGAGUGAGCGGACAGUAUCUAUUACCCAUAGCUGCAACUACAGCGGCUGCGACUGCGACAACGGCCAGAACAGCGAGGGAUAUGGGAGUAACAACUAUAAUUCCUGUGAGUUCUACGACUGUUAAAAAUAUGUUCGACAUAACUGAAACAAAUAAUGUACAACCCCGCGAACCUCAAAAAAUAAAACUAAAAAGGCAGGAUAGUACACAGAAACAAUCAAAAUCAUAUGACGUCCGGAAAAGUAAUCAUCACAGCGAUUUCAGACGUGUUUCUGCAGCAAAACUACAAAACGUUAACAAGCACAACAACAGCCAGAUUCAAUUUAGUAAACUUAUUUAUAAUAACUAUAAGAAAAGGAAGUUUUUUAACGAGGAGCAAAUUGAAGUGCGCCAACAGAAGAUAAUAGAAUUGCAACAGAGACGUCGCAGCAAGCGCGGUACAGCCGAAUCUAUUGUUACACAACUUAAAACUAAUAAUAUGGAAUCAGAUAACAAUAGCAAUAGAAAUAGUAAAAACUAUCGUACCUUCAAAAGCGAAUUAUCUGGCAAUUCAAAUAUAACCACCAAUAGGUAUAACAUUAAAUUUUCCGUUGAAGAUUCAAAUCAAAAAACGCCUAGUGCAAAUAAUCAAAAGCUGCUUAAAUUGGUAAUGGAUGGAUUAGGUCUAGAACAAUUGCCUAAUAUGAAGAAAAUUAAUAUAAGUCAACGUGAAUAUGUUACAAAGUAUCGGGAAUAUUUGCGGCGGGUGCACGAUCGCAAGCGACGAGAGCUAGCUCAAUUAACAUAUGCUAUUAGAAACAAAGUUGAGCAGGAAUUAGAAAGCGCCCCUUUACGUAUAGUCAGCAUCGCUCCGAAUGUCACGAAGUACGAUACUUAUUUGCGUCAAAAACGUAACACUCAAACUUUUCUGAACAACUUUCCCCAUACAAAACAUGAGGUAACCGAUGCUGAAACUGUAUCUAAUAAUUUCGUAUUACCACGUCAGCAGCGGAACAAUAACCGAAAGUUUCGGCAAAAACAAACUACUAUGAUUUUACAUUUUGCUCUGGAGACAAACGCUGCUCAGUUGCAACCCGGCGAUGUCGAAGAGGCCAACAUUCGGCUUAUGGUAAUACACAGCUCGGCUUUAGCAGUCAAGCCCAAUAAAAGAAAACAGAAAUCUAAAAAUCGGUCAUGUGGCAGCAGCGUAGAAAAAAGUGGUAAGGGCCAUGCUAACACCACGGCGGCCAAUGAUAAACAGAAACAUCUGUUAAAUUUGAAGGUAUAUCAACGUUUGGGAAACGGUAAACGCGUGUGUCUCGAUAGCUCUAAAGUGAACAUCGAGAUAGAUCACAGCCGCAAAUAUGAUACUCAUAGCCAAUGGGUGCAGUUUGAUGUGACAAAAGCUGUAGAGACAUGGUUACGCGAGGAGCGGUCUAAUCUGGGUCUGGAAGUGCAGUGUGAUAAUUGCCAACGUGUUGGUGCCCGUAUAUUAAACGACAUGUCGUCACCCACUAAUGUAGACGAUGUGGACGCCGAUGGUGCACAACUAAUGCCAAUUUUGAACAUAAUUGGUCAUCUUGGUGUGUCAUACAAGGAAAUCAGAUCCAACAAACAUUCCAAUUCCGUUGAGAAGUCACGUCACUAUCAUAACGUGGCCACAUUUUUAAAUGGCCAACAACGUCCCAGCGGUGCUAUUGACAAACUUUCUUGUCAUAAAUUCAAUCAACGUUGCUGUCGGCACACAAUGGAAGUAAUAUUCAAGGAAAUCAAAGGUUUUGAAUUUAUUAUUCAGCCAAAGGUAUUCGAUGCUGGAUAUUGUCAUGGCCGUUGUCCACCGCGAUAUAAUCCGGCUCACCAUCACGCCAUGUUGCAGAGUCUAAUAUGGAAGCAAAAUCGUGAACGCGCACCUCGCCCCUGUUGUGCGCCUUCUAAACUAGUCGAACUCGAAGUAUUGCAUGUGGACGAGAAAGACAGUGAAAAACUGAAGAUCUCCACGUGGACAGACAUGCGAGUGGUCGAAUGUGCUUGCUCAUGAAUGUCAAAGACACUACAGCGAUUCCGUUUCUGCUAUUUCUCCAGCAAUAACUGUCUAUUGGCCGAUAAGACAAUAAUUGUGUGAUAGCGAGAUGAGUUCUAUAGUAUUUAAUAUUGCUUAUUUAUUUAUACAAUACAUAUACGCUUACAUAUAAGCGGACACAAGCCUACCUAACAUGAACGUUAAAUAUAUUUAUUUACUCAUGUGAAAUCAAAUAUACAUUUAUAUAAUUAAUUUUUUAUACAAAAGUUGUUUUUACAUUAUUUAAGUUUUCGUCUUAAGGUAACAUGUAUUUCGUUGCUUUAGUUUGCAAACGCGCAUAGUAUUACUAUUUUCACUUUAAUCAAAAUUGAGAAUUGUAUUCGUACGCAGAUAACACAACUAAAAACAGAUCAUUACCAAAAACUUUGGCGGAAUGCCGUUCUUACAUGUUGUUAUGGAAAGGUAUUCAAAUGUGAUAUGUAAAUAAAUAAAUAAUAUAUAAUUAAAAUGAUUUUAACAAGUAAUUUAAGUUUGAACAAAAGCCAAUACCAAUGAGCUCACGUUUUGCUUCAUUUUCACAAAUUUAUUUUUCGCAUAAAAAAUUAAAAUAAAUGGUUUAAGGACGUUCGCAUACUAAGCUAACGAUAUUUUAAUGUACAUGUAUAGUCAUGACCGUUGUUAAGUCAAACAAACAGCCUGAAAUUCCAGUGCGUUGGCUGUAUGCUUGAAAAAAAUAAAAUAUGUAGUUUUACUGACAUACUCGUAUAGUAUA